UAUCCGACGCUUGCUAGAAUGGCUCUAGACAUUCUCGGGAUACCUGCGUCCUCGGUAUCAUGCGAACGGCUCUUCUCCCGAGCGAAGCUGGUGAACACCGACCGUCGCUCAUCGCUUGGUUCUGACAUCUUUGAGGCCCUCGAAGCGCUUAACUUCCAC